UAGAGGGUUCAUGUUGCAGAAGGCACUUGAACGAUCAGGCGUGGCUAUUUUGUGGGUGUAAAUAUUUGACAAGACUCUUGGGGUGGAGUUUCAGACCCUGCUUUUGAACAUUCCCUUAAAGACAGCUGUCGAGCAACCUUCUUGCAUCAGUGCCAGAAUUGUCCCACUGAGGUUUGAACGGCUGUUAUAUUUCAACUCCUGUAGACCGAUCCGAAGACGGGCAGUAUGGACCAUCGAGUAGCCUUGGAAAUGGAUAAAAUCCACCCGAACCGCCAGUCAAAUGUCACAGAUGAUGAAGAAGAACAAGACGCUGCAUUUACCAUUGUCAGAGUCCUGGAUAAGGUAGCCACCAUAGUAGACAGCGUGCAGGCUAGUCAAAAACGGAUUGAACAGCGCCACAGAGAAAUGGAGGAUGCCAUCAAGACAAUUCAGAUUGAUAUUCUAAAGCUGGCUCAGUCACAUGGCAACACAGGAUACACAGUUAACAAGUUGUUGGAGAAAACUCGCAAAGUUAGUGCUCGUGUCAAAGAAGUGAGAACCCGAGUAGAGAAGCAGAGUGCUAAUGUGCAGAAGGUGGAGACCAAACAGGAAGAAAUGCUGAGGAAAAACAAGUUUCGUGUUGUCAUUUACCAGGAAGACAUUCAGUGUCCAUCUUCUCUGACAGUUGUCAAAGACCAGACACAAGGAGGAAGCACAGAAGAUGCCUUCUGCCCACCCGAUGAUCUUUCGUCUGAUGAGGAGUAUUACAUAGAAGAAAGCCGAGCAGCCCGUUUUAAGAAAUCAGGCAUGAGGCGCAUCAACAACAUCAAAAAGGCAUUUUCAAGAGAGAAUCUUCAGAAAACAAGGCAAAAUUUUGGCAAGAAGGUGGACAGGCUUCGUACUCGAAUAGUAACACCCGAGAGAAGGGAACGAAUAAGGCAAUCAGGAGAGAGGUUGAGGCAAACUGGGAUACGGUUCAAGAAAAAUAUUUCCAAUGUAGCACCAAUUAAGGAGACUUUGAAGAAGCGUAAGAAAACUAAAGAGCAACCAGGGGCUGAAGGUCAACAAGGAAUCCAAGAGUCUGGCACUGAUACAGCAAUAGAAAGUAGGGAUGCUGAACCAACCACUGAAGAAAUUUCCUAUAGUGAAGUGAUAACCAAAGUGAAGAAGGACAAAGGGGGUGGAUCAAAAAGCCUUCCUCAGGCAGAUGAGAAGGUAAUGAUUCCUCCUGAAAAGAACCUGCUCAAGCCAGAAACAAAGGAAGAUGAUGCCCUUCUAUUGGAUCUAAAGCAGUCAGCUUAAAUGGCAAAUGUCUGUCUGUGUGGUGGUGUCACUAUGGCAGGGAAAGAACAAUUCCUCCCAUGUCGAAGAUGCAGAUCAGUGGCUUUCACACUGUUUGAAGAAACCUUGGCUUACUGCAUGUUGCAGAAAGUUUGGGGCCUAUUUGGACAUGCCAAAUUGGUCAGUUGGAUUUAUGUGCCACCCCAUCCAAAAUAAGCAGCAUGCUUUAGGACACUCUUUUCCUACCUUGUGUUGUUCAAAUGUAUUUUUUUCUAAAACUCCCAUUACCCCCAUUCUUACUAUGGAUUAUGGUAGUGGUGCUCCAUAGGGUGCCUGGUUCGAGAAAGUUGGUGUAGGACUCUUUCAGCAUUUCCCAAUGUUUUACAGGAAAGUCAGUAACGACAGACUUGCCAUCCUCACACAAUUUGCCUGAUGAUAAUUUCUUCUGGACAAUCCCUAAUAAAAUCCCAAGGGAAAUUUGGAAUCUUUAUGUAAAAAAAAGGGUGUUGAUUAAAUUACAGAAGACAAUAGAUCUGUAUGUAUAUACUGGACGUUUUCCUUCUACAUGCAAUGGGUGUAUCUUUAUCACAGGAUGUUUCUCCUCUAAUAAUAAACAAAUUCCUUUUGAUGCAUAUGCAAAUAGCCAUUUCUCAUAAUAUUUCAACAUUAAAAGGCAGUGGACACCCCCCCCACACACACACAUUUUAAUGACCUUAAUUUCCUCAACAGUGUUUCUUCUGUUUUUAUUUUUUUGUACAGUGACAACUGUAAAAGGUAAAUCUCAUUAUAUGACUCAUUAGAGCUCUCUGACCGUUCCAUGAGGUAGGUGAGUCCUGGGCAGGAACAAAUCCACCCACAGGUAACCAUUAACUGGUUCUUUUCCCCCAACCCUUUUAUCCAGGCAGGUCUGUUGGAGAAAGCCGAUUAUGGAAAACUGCAGAGAAACUGAUACUUCUUUGCAAGGCAAAAUACAGAGAGA